UUUAUAAACCUUUAAAACCCUGAAGCCUAAUUACACCUUCACCUCAUUCUGGACUCUCUGCCGCUUCUCAAUCUCUCUCUCUCUCUCUCUCGUUGCAGGUAUAAUACACUCCUUUUACUUUGAUCAGUAUGUUGGGUUUAUAAGUGCUUCUCGUAUUUUCAUGGUUUAUUUAGGUUUAGUUAGUUUUUUUUUGUUCAUCAUCUGCUAAUCAAAGCAGUAGCUAGGUUUUGCCGCAACAAUAUAACUUCUGCAUGUGAUUUGUUUAGAUAGGAGUUUCUUUCUGAGAUUUUGGUUUAGUAUUCGGAUGUAAAUAUGGGAGAAGUGGAGAACUUGAAAAUUCAAUAAAAGGUGGAUGAUUUAGUUCGGUUUCUAUGUCGAUCAAAUUUGAAGAAGUAGCGUUUUAGGUGAAAAGCAAGAUUGUAGUCAUGUAGUAUAUAUGUGAUAUGCCUUCUUCUCCGUCUUCUUUUUAAUACAUGAUGUACAGCUCCAAAUUCCUGAUAAACCAUCGUAGUGUUAUUUAGGUUGGAAUAGAUGUGGAAGUUGGCAAUAAACUUUAGCUAAUUCAUUUGGUUUGAGGUGGAUUAUUUGCCAGUACUUAGGAUGCAUUCCAUCAAUGGAUGUUUUGCAAGUUAUGGGGGUGGGUUAAGAGUGUUGCAAAGUGAAGUUAAGCUAUAAAAGGUGGUGAGAUUUUGGGGGGACAAUUGGGUGGGAGAACCGGGAAGGUGGCUCUAAAAUAUGAGUUCCCAACAUUGCAUUAAUUGCUUGUUUAGUUUCAAUAAUUACAAAGUAGCUGAUAUGUUUGAGGGGUCGGGGCCCUCUAUGAAUUCGGACUCUGGGGUAGAGAGAAUUUGUUAAGAGUAUGACCUCAAGCAGUUGAUACUUUGAUAGGGAUUCUGAAAGAUUGUUAGACUGGUGGAUUCUAGCUCAGAUUUGACUCAUUUGAGUGUGGGAGUUUGAAUCCAUUGUGGUCUUUCCUGCAAUUCUUACUUCAGGUUCUAUGUGGAGAUAGUUUCCUUCACAAUAUUUGAGCCAGCAAUGAUUUCAAAGUUCCUCCAUCAAAUUUUUGGCAUGGGCAGCCCAUGCACGACACAACCUGGGUGACAUGGUAUUAGCUUUAUGGUGGAGCUCGUAUGGCAUAUAUCCAUCAUUUUGAGGACACAACUCACAAGAGUAUCUUGAUAUAUAAAAAGAAUGUGCUUAAGUUUUAAUUCUUAGUCUCUAUACAAUAGUCUUUUGAUAUUGCACAGCUGAAACUCAGGUUGUAGAGGUCGAUCAGAUAUGCAAUCAGUUUGAUAAUGGUUGCUAUACUGUCUUGCACUUUGAUGAUUUUCAUUUAGAAAGUCCUAAUAAUUGGUGGUUUGUCUGAUUCUUUCCUGUUUAUCUCAGCUUCAAAUUAAGUAAGAUGAUAGACUCGAUUAUUGUUUAAAAUUUUGGUGUUAUGAACUUGAAAUUGAGUUACAAUUGUUUGAGAAGAUUCAUUUGUCUCAAAAAGUAAGUAUCUGCAGUUUGGUUUAAACGGAAUGCGCUGCUUUUUUAUACAGCAGUAUUGAAUCUAGAAGAAAUCUUGUUCCACUCGAUAAAUGGUUAGACUUUCCUGAGUUUAGUAAUGAACUCCCGAUCAAUUUGAGUUGAUUUUGUUUGUGUAAUCCUCUCAUAUGUAAAUUUGGACUUCUAAUAUCAAUCCAUCUUAUUGCUCACAUUGAGUUUUAUCAAAUUUUCUGGGAAAUUGUUCUGUGACAUUUGAAGAUAUGUAAUGUAGGAAUCUUCAUAUGAGAUUGUGAGACUUACACAAAGCCGAGGCUCUGUUGAGAAUGGACAUUUUGCAGAUUACCUCUUGCCAACCUAGCCUCUAUGUCAGAAAAACGUCUCAGUCUUGGCAUCGCUCUCCUAAGCCUUGUAGUUUACUAGUCCAUGCUAGACAUCCCCUUCAAAAUCCUUCGUUGGCAACCUUAAGUGCAUCAAAUCAACAACAGCGCAUGCCCAUAUUGAAGAACCAGAUAUGCAGGGCUUCAUCUAUGUACCAACACCCUUCACCUGUCUGCUUAUUGGGCGGCAAGGGAAAGAACGGAAGUGAUGAUAAGGCAUCAGCAGGGAAAGCUCUUGAGAAUGCAUUGGGUCCGGAAUCAUCGAUAGAGGAUGUAUUACGUACACAGAUUGAAAAGAAAGAAUUCUACAAAGAGAAAGUAACAGGUGGUGGCGGCGGUGGCAGACGUGGCGGCGGCGGCGGUUCUGGUGGCUAUGGCGGUGGAGGGGGCUCUAGUGGAUCUGAGGAUGGAGGCAUUGCUGGAAUCAUCAAUGAAACACUGCAAGUGAUUCUAGCAACUUUAGGGGUUGUUUUUAUGUAUGUUUACAUCAUCAGUGGCGAUGAAUUGGCUCGUCUAGUGAAAGACUACCUCAAGUUUCUAUUUUCAGGACACGAGAGUGCUCGUUUGCAGCGUGCCAUGCACAAAUGGGGAAGGUUCUAUGCGAAACUGACUAAGAAAAAGUUGUACGAUGAGUUCUGUUCUGAGGAGGAAGGCCAAAAUCAGCAGCCGGACUUGGUCGGAUAGCCCUGUUAAGUACCCCCACGCUGUUAGAUCUUAUUUAGCAUCAAAGUCACAUCAAUUAUCAAGUCAUAUUAGCAUCUUUUUACUCAUCUUCCCUGUUAUUGAAAAGUCUUAUUUGAUUGUUGUCAAACUUCUUUGUCAGAUU